UCUCUCUCUCUCUCUCUCUCUCUCUCUGUCAAUGGCUGUUGUAAGACUUUCCUGCAUUGUCACCUUGAGUUUGUUUUUGACAAUAGUUGACGCUAGAAUUCCAGGUGUUUACACCGGUGGGGCGUGGCAAAGCGCUCAUGCUACGUUCUACGGUGGAAGUGACGCCUCUGGAACUAUGGGUGGAGCUUGUGGGUAUGGAAACUUAUACAGCCAAGGCUACGGAGUGAACACGGCGGCGCUAAGCACAGUUCUGUUCAACAAUGGUUUCAGCUGUGGGUCGUGUUUUGAGAUCAAGUGUGACAGUGACCCACAGUGGUGCCACCCUGGUAGUCCCUCCAUUUUCGUCACUGCCACCAACUUCUGCCCACCAAACUACGCAUUACCCAACGACAAUGGCGGGUGGUGCAACCCUCCUCGCCCUCACUUCGACCUUGCCAUGCCCAUGUUCCUCAAGAUCGCCGAGUACCGCGCCGGCAUUGUCCCCGUCUCUUACCGCCGGGUGCCAUGUAAGAAGCGAGGAGGAAUCAGAUUCACAAUCAACGGCUUUCGAUACUUCAACUUGGUUUUGAUCACCAACGUCGCGGGUGCAGGGGAUAUCGUGCAGGUGUGGAUCAAAGGGUCGAAAACAAAUUGGAUGAGCAUGAGUCGCAAUUGGGGUCAAAAUUGGCAGUCAAACGCAGUGCUGGUUGGUCAGUCACUCUCUUUCAGGGUUAAAGGCAGUGACCAUCGCUCUUCCACUUCAUGGAACAUCGUACCUUCUAACUGGCAGUUUGGUCAAACUUUCUCUGGGAAAAAUUUCAGAGUUUGA